AUGGGACGUCCCGACGGCCCCCGCGACCCCAUCGCCGGCCCCGACACACCUCAACCACCAUUCCCCCUAAAGCUACGCGGCCCCGUAAUCAAAGGCUUUGGACGCGGCAGUAAAGAACUCGGCAUCCCCACCGCCAACAUCCCCCUCUCCGGCCUCUCAAUCGGCGGCAACGAGGACCUCGACUCAGGCAUCUACUACGGCUGGUGCACGCUCGAUCCCUCCACCAUCCCUUCUUCCUCUUCGCCCUCUACCAACACAACCACAACCCCUCCCUCUACCGACACACCCCCCUCCACAUCCUCCAACCACGCCGUCCUCGACCUAAACUACCCCACCGACCCCGCCCCCUCCCCCCAAACAAUCUACCCCACCGUCCUCUCAAUCGGAUACAAUCCAUACUACAAGAACUCGAAGCGCAGCAUCGAAAUCCACAUUUUACAUAACUUCGAGCGCGAUUUCUAUGGGGCGAUGCUGAGUCUGGUUAUUCUGGGGUUUAUACGGCCCGAGUAUGAUUAUGUGAGUUUGGAGGCGCUGGUGGAGGAUAUCAAGGAGGAUAUCAGGGUGGCGAAGAGGAGUUUGGAGCGUGAGAAGUAUUUGGAGUGGAAGGAGGAUGAGUGGUUGAAGGGGAAGGGCGAGGGUGGCGAGGUUAUGGGGAAUGGGAAUGUGAGGGUGGAGCAGGCGGGGCAGAGUGAUGGGAUUGUCAAGAGUGAGAUGAUGAAUUGAUGGGGCGGCGUCUACCACUGAGCAUUUUCUCUUUUUUUGGUACUUGGGAGAAGUAUAGGAGCAAGGACAUGUUGUUUUUUCCUUCAUACGUCUUAGACUAACUUGCACGGCGAUAUCCCCCUCCCCCUCGAGAGUAAGUAUCGAGUCUAACACGAAUUCGAUCAUGAUAAUAAUCCAUGCAUACACGGCCUACCCGGUAGCAAAAAAGAUAUCUCAACGUAUAGAAGAAACAUUGCGCCCCCAAGGCGACAAUGGUUCAAAACUCUCGCAGCAGAUGGUUGCUGGAUAAAAGAAAAUGCUCAAAAGACGCCCGUUCCUAUAAAGUGAUGGGAACUAUUAGACUAAAUUUGUCUUUUUCGAAGAGCGAUCCUCGAACAAA